AUGGCGACGUCAGUGAAUGAGAUUUUGGAGAAUCCAUCUGUUUUGGAGAAUUCGUCUGUUUUAGACGACGGCGUACUGCGCGAUAAUUGUGCACCUGAAGUGCUGCCGAAUCAUGGAAUGCAGCAAGACCCUCCAACAACUUUCUCAGAAGAAGAAGUAAGAGCCGCAUUGGAAAAAAGCGCAUCCACCGGGGAGUUUUGGCUAGAUUGGAGAAAAUUAAAGAGCAUUCUGUCGUAUCAUCUUAAGCAGGUCCUCUCACAAUAUCCAGAGGCCUCAAUGACCAGCGAGCAGCAGAUUACAUCUCUUGGCGAGACAUUUCUGGAGUUGGUGGAAAGGUUGGACCAUGCUCUUCAUAGCUUUGACGAAGGCCCACCAUUUACAUUGCAAAGACUUUGCGAGAUCCUAUUGGCUCCAAGAAGCAUGUAUCCAAAGCUCUCGAAGCUUUCUUUGGCUCUAGAGAAGAAUUUAUUGGUUACGUCAAUGUUAACAAUCUCAACCGACCCGAAUCCAACUGCCACUGAACAAAAUACAAAUGGGGCCCAUGUGGAAAGUGUGGUUGCCCAGCCUCAGCCUGAGCUAGCAGAGAAUGGGGUCGAAAACCCUUCUGAUGAUGACAAGGAUGAAAUAAUGGCUGAAGUACAGGUAGCUGAGACUGGCGAAAACACGACAAUGGACAUGGAGACCACUGAAGACAACAUCAAAUCAUCUGGGCCAAAUCCUAGUCCAACACAGUCAGUGCAAAUGGAAUCUUAA